AUGGCGUACAGCGUGGCGCACACAAUUCAGGCCCAUGCCGGUGCCGCCCAUGUAGCGCGUUUCAAUCCAAGCGGGAGGUACCUAUUGACGGGUGGUGGCGACCAGCAGGUUCAGCUGUGGAAUGCUCAUGUUGGUGUUUCGGACGAAUUAGACAGCCGGGGGCGCUCGACGUCGAUCCAGAGGUACGCGGGCCACACGUAUGAGGUGCUCUGCCUGGCGAUUGCCUCUGACAGCACGCGAUUUGCCAGUGGGGGGCCUGACCGCUCCGUCCUUGUUUGGGACGUGGCCUCGGCGCAGACCCUGUCGCGCUUCAAUGCACAUACAGGCCGUGUGAACGACGUGGCCCUAGGGGGCGCCAAUGACGAGAUCCUGUACGCAGCGGGCAGUGACACAGUGCUGCGUGCAUAUGAUUUGCGCGCAUCGAACGCGUGGCGCCCUAUCUUUGAAGCGCAUGAGGCCAGUGAUGCGAUCCUCAGUAUCGCCGUGCUUCCUGGCAUCGUGCACACGGCGUCUGUGGAUGGUACGCUACGCGCAUACGACGUGCGCAUGGGAGAGCUUCGAACGGACGUGAUCGAUGAUCCUAUUACGUCGCUCACGCCUACGCAAGACGGUGCAGCUAUGCUCUUAAGCACACUGAACAGUACCCAUCGCCUCAUGGACCUCACGGACGGCACGCAGCUCCAGCAGUACAAAGGACACACGCAAGCAUCGUUCCGGUGCCACUCUACACUCUCGCUCGAUGAAUCGCUUGUCUUGGCAGGCGACGAGACAGGCACGCUUUAUGCGUGGGACACACUCUCUGGGCGCGUCAAGUGGCACAGCCGCCCCGACUUCAGCGGUAGCGUGCGUCAUCGCCGCGCGCCUGACGUGCCUGUCUCCCUCUUAUGGACAGAACGUGGUCCCGAUGAGCAUCCCCCCAUGGUCGCUACAGCUGCAUCGUGUGGUACAGUGCAUGUAUGGACACGCUAG